AGAAUAGUUGAAAGAAUGCGAGUGUUACAAGAAUUGGUCCCCAUCUCUCACAAGAGUGAUUAUGCUGUCAUGCUUGAUAAAAUUGUGGAUUAUGUAAAGUUCUUGAUGCUUCAAGUGAAGGUUCCAAGUAUGAGCAGACUUGGGGUUGCUGGUGCUGUGGCACAGGUAGUGGCUGAUAUCCCACUCUCAUCAGUUGAGAAGAUCAGUGAGGGUGGAGGCAGGAAACCAGUGUGGGAGAGGUGGUCGAACAAUGGCAUGGACGAGCAAGUAGUGAAGCUUAUGGAAGAUGUUGAAUCAGCCAUGCGGUUCCUUCAGUCUGAGGCCCUAUGCAUUAUACCAAUCUCCAUUAACACCACCAUCCACCAGUUUUGCCACCAAAAUGAAAUCCCUGCAGCCAAGCCGGAGCCCAAUGCCCCUUCAUAGGCUGAGCUCCUCAUCUGCACGUGCCCAUCAAUGACUCCUACAUGUAGGCCCCCGCACUUCCUUGGACGGGGGCCGAGGAUCUCCAGUGCGCUGUUUUCCUGUCUUACUUUAUUUUUAGUUUUUGGUCAAAAAGGCUGGUGAUUGGAAAAGUGUGGCAAGUGAAAAGUUUACCGAAAUCUUCAUAUGAUUCAGUGUUUUUAUGGGGAAGGGAAGGCUGCUAAAUCUUAUUUUCUUUUGCACUACCCACAUGCUUUGAGGUGGGGAGAGGAGGGAGGCUUUCUUUUUGAGGUGGAUGGUAUGACAAAUAAAAGGGGAAUGUAAUGGAUGGGUUUCCUUUGAUAGCUUA